AUGAACUGGGAUGUGAGGCAAGAAGACGUGUUAGGUCACCCAGCACCAGACGAUCGGUAUCUGUGGCAGUGUGUGCCUGGCCUUUUAAACAGGCGGUCCUAUUGGUUGGUUGCUGACUGUCCUGAAGAAUGAACGGACGGCUUGACUAGGGAACAGUGUUUAAAGGAGGUGGAUCCCUUCCUCCCCAGUGAAAUAGUGGCCAUUUCUAACGCUACAGCCUCAAUCUGCGGGGAGUGCAUCCUGCAGUACUUCUCGAACGACACGCGCGGAGGGCAGACAGUCAACAGUUGGGAGGCUAACCAGGGUUGGUUAACCUUGGGUCUUGUAAUAGUGUCUACCGUAGCUGUGAUUGUCUUCGUGGUCCACACUGUCAGGUCAGGCCAAUGGAAGAAAGUCCCAGAAAAGCUGAAGGUUCAGGUGACGACGUGUAUGGCAGCUGCUGAAGUCAUGUUUGUACUGCGUGUUCUCGUCCCUUCUGGACCUGGCUGUACAGCGUAUGCGAUUCUACUUCAUUACCUGCUGCUGACAGCAUUUACAUCAAUGAAUGCAUUAUCCAUGGAUCUCUUCCUCACGUUUCGUGACGAUUUAGACAGAGCAAAACUGCACAAGUACGUCUUGUAUACUUGGCUAGCGCCGAUGAUUGUAGUCGUUGCCACAGUCAUUGUGGAGUUCGGCAGUUCUGUCAGGGUGGGGUACGGAGAGAACUGUUGGAUCGGCAAUCCAACAGCCAGUCUGGUGGCAUUUGGAGCUCCCGUCUUCUGUGCCCUUGUGGUUAAUGCAGUCUUGGUGACUUUUGCCUUAGUGGCCAUACGAAAGUCAUUUCAGAUAGCCAACAGGGCCAUGUCCCGCUCACAGAGCAGCAAGGCCUGGGUCUACUUGCGUAUCUCGUUCCUGAUGGGGUUGACCUGGAUUCUCGGCUUCAUCUAUCCCUACGUCAACAGCAGAGUUGUGGAGUACAUCUUUGUUGUGCUGAAUGCUUCGCAAGGCCUUCUGCUGACGGUGGUGAUGACAAUGACGGGGGAGGUGUUGGAGAAAUGGAAGUCUGCGAUCAUGGCACGCUUUGGUAUGGUUGACCCUCAUCAGAACAAUGGAGCCACUGUUGGCAAACAGGAGACAAACACAAGGGGGACUGAGGCGACGGCUGCACAAAUGCCCAUGAUGACUGAUGGAAAGAAAAACAGGGCUCGCCUUCAUGCUUCUCGUCAAGACAAUGAAGCCGUUAGCCGCUGCCGGCAUCCGACAGACCAGUGA